AUGCCCUACCCCAGCUCUGGCCCUCCCGGCUUCCUGGCCCUCUUGGCCCCUGGUCUGGCGCUGCUGGCUCACCUCUCCCUCCCUUCCCAGGCCGGGGUGAGGCGUCUUCCCGCCGGGACCAGCCCUCGGGGCGCCUCGGGCAGGACGCUCAUCCUCCUGGACGUGAACACCAGGAGCCCCGUCCGCGUAACCAGCGAGAACUUCCUCUCGCUGCAGCUGGACCCCUCCAUCCUCCACGACGGCUGGCUGGACUUCCUCAGCUCCCGGCGCCUGGUGACCCUGGCCCGUGGCCUGGCGCCCGCCUUCCUCCGUUUCGCCGGCAAGAGGACCGACUUCUUGCAGUUCCAGAACGUGAAGAACCCCGCCAAGAGCCGCGGCGGACCCGGACCCGACUACUACCUCAAGAACUACGAGGAUGACAUCAUUCGCAGUGAUAUUGCCUUGGAUAAGCAGAAGGGCUGCAAGAUUGCUCAGCACCCAGACAUCAUGCUGGAGCUACAGAGGGAAAAGGCAGCCCAGAUGCACCUGGUUCUGCUCAAGGAGCAGUUCUCCAACACUUACAGCAAUCUCACGCUAACAGCCAGGUCUCUAGACAAACUCUAUAAUUUUGCUGAUUGCUCCGGCCUCCACCUCAUCUUUGCAUUGAAUGCUUUGCGCCGGAACCCCAACAAUUCCUGGAACAGCUCCAAUGCCCUCAGCCUCCUCAAGUACAGUGCCAGCAAGAAGUACAACAUCUCCUGGGAGUUGGGCAAUGAACCAAAUAACUACCGAGCCCUGACAGGGCGAGCAGUGAAUGGCACUCAGUUGGGCAAGGACUACAUGCAGCUGAAGAGGCUGCUGCAGCUGAUCCGCAUCUACUCCCGAGCCAACUUGUAUGGGCCCAACAUUGGGAGGCCUAGGAAGAAUGUUAUAGCCCUCCUGGAUGGGUUCAUGAAAGUGGCAGGGAAUACAGUAGAUGCUGUUACCUGGCAACAUUACUACCUUGAUGGCCGAGUGGCCAAGGUGACGGACUUCCUGAAAACACGCCUGUUAGACACACUCUCUGACCAGAUCAGGAAAAUCCAGAAAGUUGUCAGUACACAUGUGCCUGGAAAAAGGAUUUGGCUGGAGGGCAUUGGGGCCAGCUCUGAAGGAGGCCUCACCAACCUCUCAGAUUCCUAUGCUGCCAGUUUCCUGUGGCUGAACUCUCUUGGAAUGCUGGCCAGCCAGGGCAUUGAUGUGGUAAUGCGACACUCAUUUUUUGACCAUGGGCAUAACCAUCUGGUGGACCAGAACUUUAACCCAUUGCCGGAUUACUGGCUCUCCCUGCUCUACAAGCGGCUCGUUGGGCCCCGAGUGCUUGCCGUGCACGUGGCUGGACUGCAAAGGAAACCUCGCCCUGGCCGGGUAAUUCGUGAUAAGUUACGCAUCUACGCACACUGCACCAGCUACCACAACCAUAAUUACGUCCGUGGUUCCAUCACGCUUUACAUCAUCAAUCUCCAUCGGUCCAGGAAGAAAAUCAAGUUGGUGGGGACCCUUCGAGACAAACUCGUCCAUCAGUAUGUGCUGCAGCCUUAUGGUCAGGAGGAGCUGCAUUCUAGGUCAGUGCAGCUUAAUGGGCAGCUACUCACUAUGAUGGAGGAUGGGACCCUGCCCAAUCCGAAGCCUCGCCCACUUCGUCCUGGCCGGACCCUGGUUAUCCCACCACUGACUAUGAGUUUCUAUGUGGUGAAGAAUGUCAAUGCUCUGGCUUGCCGGUAUCGGUAGCUCCACCCAUCAUCCUGCCAAAGACAGACCUGCUAGGCCCUCUUGGGGCAUCUCUUGGCAAGUGCUUGCUUCUCAGGGAGGUGUGGCAGACUUCAUAGGGAAAUGAAGGUGCAAAAGCCUCCGAGAAACUUGGUGGGC